ACGCGUUGCUACUUUUUGCUAUGUUGUGAUCGUGCUGAAAGGUGGCCCGAGCCGAUGGCAGCCGGUCAACCUGACCGGGCCAUGUUGGCCCAACGUAUUCAGGGCUUUGGCAAUGUCAACCCACCACCUCUGGAGGAGGAAACUGGCGCUAAUAUGGCGAAGAAGGUCAUGGGCCGGCUAGGCGACAUGGUGGGUGAAGAAGUCAUGCUGACUGUUGAGGAUUUCAAGGAGAAGGGCGCUGUGGGCGCCGUGAAGGAUGCUGUCGCAGAUGCCGGGGACAUCCUCAUCGAUGGUGUCUCAGGAAUCAUCGGGUGGAUACGUGGAGAGCCGCCACCAGAAGAAGACAACGAGAAAGCAGAGGAUGCCACAAAGGCCUUGGCCUAUGGUCCGAAUGGUGCAGCCUAUGGCAUCUCUCAGGCCUCACCCACUGGUGGCAUCAAUGCGGUUUGGGUCAUGCCAGAGGAGGCAGACCCUGCUGCUUUGGCGCAGCUGGCUUCACAGCAGGGAGUUCGCUCGGUGAAUGAUCCUCGCGUACCCAAGAAUAUCCAGCCCUAUCAACCACCAGCAGGAUCAGCAAGCUCAAAGGCCCCGCCAAGUUACAAUCCUAUGCAGGUACCAGGUGGGCCGGUCAUUGCACCAUACACUCCAGCACCUGGUGGGCCUGCGCCCAGACCUCCUCCUUUUGUGCCGGGAGGAAAUUUGGGAGGACCCGGUGCAAGCCGCUGGGGCCCUGCCGGUUAUGCACCAGGUGUACCAGGAAGUGCCCCAGGUUCCAGCACAUCGUCUGCAACAACUGGCGCCAAAGGCUUGGUAGACCGAAUCUCCAAGGGGGACGUUCUGGUGGGACCAGAUGUUGCAAAAAGACUGGUUUCUCAAUGCAAUCAUGCCAAGACCACUGCGAAGCAGUUGGCUGAAAUGAUAUGUGAGAGAUCUCGACGUUUGUAUCUUGGCCUAGACGGAGAUCCGUCGGAGGCAGAUGCCUCGCUGGCACGACUUCUUCACUUCACAGAUGUCCUGAAGCAGACCGAUUCGUCGGAGUUUGCAAAGACAGCAGUAGAGGAGAUUAAGAAAGGCGUGGCUGAAGAGUUUAUGUCACUCAGAAGCAGCGCGAAACACAAGGAUACUGUUACCCCAAUGCUUCAAAGGUUGGGAUUCUUAAGCGGUGCUGCUGCCACAGAGACAGACUUGCUGGGCGGCGCAGCAACGCAAGCACAAGAGGUGGACCUUUUGGGUGGUGAGUCAGCUAGCGGUGCUGUUAGUGCACCCGACUUGCUUGGCGCUAUGGAUAGUGCACCGGCGGCAUCGCCAACUCCCGUGGACACGCUGGAUCCAUUGGCCUCCGGAACUAGCUCGGCCUCCCAAGGCCUUUUGGGCAUCUCUCUGGAUGCACCGCCUGCGCCCUCUGCAGCAUCUGCAGCAUCUGCAGCAUCUGGGCCUGCGCCAGCUCCAACGCCAGCUGUCACAGCGGCCGGAGCGAAGACAGGUACUUUGGGGGCUGGCGCAGUGCUGCCAAAGGACAGCGAGAAGGAAGACAUCUUCGGUUUUGUUGGUGCGGAGAUGUCAAAGGCCAACAAAAAAUGAGAUGGGGAGGUUGAGGCUGAGUUGCGGCGAACACUAUUUCUCACUCUGCUGAGUUGCAAGUGAAAUGAGAGUCACCGGCAUACUUUACUGGGGGCGCAAUGAUCUUUA